GCAGAACGCGACUUGUCAGAACGCAGCUUUGAACACGUUGACUAGCACACAGCUGCGGCAGCCCUGGCGGCGGAGAAGACGGAGAGACGACGGUCUCUUAACAGGACGAUAUUCUUCUUAUUCAUCCUUUUCUCUCCGCUGGAAUAACUUGGCUUCGUGUGAGAUUUGCCGGUUCGUCUGGAACCUGCUCAGAGACGUUAUAUAAGGCGAGUAACGGACAGAGAUGAGACCGUACGCACAUUACAGCAUAACGCCACAAUAAUCGCACGAGCUGGCUGGGCUUGGCGCUGGAAGGGCUACAGAAACGCCGCACCUCGAGUUCAAUUCGCGUGUGUAUGUGUGCUACAUCACGUUUUAUCUUAAUUAAUUCAACGAGCUAGCUAGCUUGGAAGGCGCUGCCAAAUGCUGGCCCAUUCACUAUUGUGUGCGUAUGAUUUAACUUAGCUAGGCGGCUAACGAGGACGCGCUGCUGCCGCUGAUGAGCCCGUGUGCGUAGCGGAAUGAUGAACAGAAGAAACCGCCACCCGACAGGCGCUAAGAGCUAAGAUUAAUUAUCCAAACCCUGUUUAGUAAUUGGUUUGUGUGAUUAUCAAAUAUAGACACACAGCCGAUGUGUCUGGUCAGAGCUGGUGGGCCCUGCUAUCAUUCAUAAAACUAUCCUUAACGCGAAGAAAGGGCCCAUGUCUUAACUUGGAAAACAAAGAAUUAGGCUACUGAGGAGGUUAAGCUGGCUACAUAAGCUUGUUUUAGCGGUUUGAGGUGAGCUAGCAAGCUGGUUGACGGAUUAGUGACACUGUCUGGACUGUACUGUUCCUCUGCAUUCCCCGCUGUCCGUCAAUUGGAGUAUUUUUUUUUCUGGUUUCCACCCUUUGGUCCACUCUACGCUGCACCACAAUGAGCAGUCACACCGGGGACGCCGGGUCGGUGGAAGUGGAGCCCAUGCCGGGAUACUUGGAACUCAUCUCCAGAGCCUCCACCGUUAUGCUGGGCGCAUGGAGAGACUGUGGUAGUUGCGGUCUGGAGCUCUCCAAACGGACUCUCCUGGAUAACGCAUACAUUACCUUGACCGAAGUCGUCCUGUUCUUCUUUUGCGCCUUUUUGUGGACGCAGGUCAGGCGGGGACUGACAGAAAGUCUGUUUAAGCCUCUAGCACAGUGGUGGAGGCUGAUGCCCAAAGAUGCUGCCAAGAUGCCGGAGAGCGCGUGGAAGCUGGUCUUCUACACCAUGUCGUGGUCAUACAGCACCUAUCUGCUCUUCUUUACUUCCUACUCCUUUUUCCAUGACCCGCCCUCUGUCUUUUACAACUGGAAGAGGGGUAUGUCAGUGCCUACAGACAUCGCCAUAGCCUAUCUGAUCCAGGGCAGCUUCUACGGCCACUCCAUCUAUGCUACAGUCUACAUGGACGCAUGGAGGAAGGACUCAGCUGUCAUGGUGGUGCACCACAUCAUCACACUGGCACUCAUUAUCUUCUCCUACGCCUUCAGGUACCACAACGUAGGGAUUCUGGUGUUGUUCCUCCACGACAUCAGUGACAUCCAGCUGGAGUUCUCCAAGCUCAACAUCUACCUGAAGUCCAGAGGAGGAGGCUAUCACCUGCUCAACGACGUGCUGUCCAACAUGGGCUCUGUCAGCUUUAGCAUCACUUGGUUCUGGUUCCGUCUCUACUGGUUCCCCCUCAAAGUGCUGUAUGCCACAUGUGUGUCCAGCUUCCAGUUUGUCCCCAGCAUCCCCUUCUACUUCUUCUUCAACGCUCUUCUCUUGGCGCUGCUGCUCAUGAAUAUCUACUGGUUCCUGUUUAUCGUGGCUUUCGUAGUGAAGGUGCUAAAGGUGAAGGAGGUGAACGACGUCAGGGAGUAUGAGGACGAGGACGGCAGCAAUGCGGCAGCGGGCCUGCUCAGAGACCCUCAGGCAGAAAACAGCGAUGAUGGUGCUGGACAUCACAUCUCUGCCCAGGGGAAGCACGUGCAGAAUGGGAUCACCAAGGACAAGCAUUUAUAACAGGCUCUCUGUCGCCACCACCUGGCACUAGGCUACGAGUACAAGCAAGACAAGAUGCCCUCCUUGGACAGCUCACGCUCAAAAACGUGGCUGAACGGAAGAGUGUCACAAAAAGAAACAGGAAGGAAAUAAGCAAGUUAGGCCGUGAGGUGUUUUUACUCUUUUUAUUUGUUCUAGAACUUUUCAUUUCAUCACUGUCAUUUUGUUUUCAGUUUUGUUUUUAUUAGAGCACUGUGAAUGUUAUUUCAGGUGACUUUUUGUCUUACUGUUGCUAACUUUACAUGAUAGAUUCAGUAGAAACAAACCAGUUUGAGUGAGAGUUGGACUGUGAUUGUCACGCGCAGCAGUGCAGGGUGUCGUGAACACCGCCGACACCCUGAAUAGCGCUGCAGCACCCAGACAAGGACAAGGUUUAGGCCUGUAGUGGUUCUGUAGACAUUUAGACCUGCAGUAACCUUUAGCAACCUGGUAGACAAUAAGGGUGAGCUGUGUUUGCCGUCAGUGAAAUGUGUUCUCCUCCUUAUGAAUUCCUCUCCGCUUUACUCUCUUCAUCUUCCGUCCAUCCUCUCUGACUCCAGACAUGAAGAGAAAAGACUAAAAAAAAAAAACGAAAAAAAAAAAAACAUUGAGACGGGAAACACUGCGUUGAUGUUUUCAGUAUUGUAGUUCUCAGGCACGAGAGCCUGCCUGCACUGUCUGGUGCUGUUUCACCACAUGUAUUGAUUUUCAUAUCAUUGCACAAGUCAGCGGUGGCGACCACACAGCCCCCCCCCCCCUCCCCCUCCCCUGCGUCCAUUAGUUGGAGUUGAAAACCCGCAUUGGUUGUGUCGGUAUGUGUGUUAGGUAUUUCAGGAUGUGGAGAGUAUGGAUGUAGCUGAAUCUUUUAAACUCAAAAUCCUUCUUUUCACAACAUUUCACCUCCUCCAAUUUCAUUUAUCUUUUUAUCUCUUAUACUGAUGAUCAACCGGUUUGGGAAUACUCACUUGGCAUUCUUGUAUAGAAAAUGUUUUUUUUUUAUUAUUAUUUUUAAUUGUCUUUGUGUUGCAAAGCAUCUGUUGCUGCACUGACAUGAAGGCAUACAAGCUGACUGCUGGUUUAAUGACAGCAAAUGGCUAGAAUUGAUUGACUGGGUUUCACUACCAUCCUAUCAUCAUGAUUUUAAUUUGUUAAAACGAUGUGAAUUUGAAUAACAUUUAUAACCAGUUCAUGGGUGGUGGCGGCCAUCGGGUUCACAGAUAAUUGGGACAAUAGCCCAGAACUUGUGUAAAGAUAAAAAUCAGUAUGAUAAAAACAUUAUAUAUGCACACAUUAUGGUAUUCAGGAAUGCAUGACAUCGAAUGAUUUUGGAGAUAUGCUAUGAAAUUGUCUUACAAACAAACAAUGAAGAAAAAAAUCCUCUCA